GUAACUUCUUAAAUUCUUGCAAUCACGGCAUCAUACCGACCCUCCCUCAAAACACUGCUUCUGUACACUGUUUCGGUUAGAGAAAAAAUACGAAAAACACGCCGUCAUGUCCAACUUUGAUAUUGUGAUUACAGAAACCUUGACCGUUGAGCUAGAGGUCGACCCCGCUGUUUGUGGCUUCUGGAGGAUUCUCCAACUACCUUAUACAUGCACGACAUGCUAAUAUAAUGCUCUCAAGAUUGCUGAUACUUGCCACUCCGACAGCGAAGAGGAAUGUACCACGGAUACAGCCAGAAUAUUUCACGAAAGCAAGGAUGAAAGUAAGUCCAGCGUCUAAUUCUUAAACAAACACGAUUUGACAUAUUGACUCAACACUCGCAGAAUAUAAGUUGCCCAUCGAUAAGGUAAGAUUUUUGUCCUGGUAAAAUAAUGACCCUCGCUGAAAGACAUACUUCUAGUUAGAACAAGAUAGAUUGGGUUAGUGCAUUCGCUGCUAAUAUCUCAAUGUCUACAUUGUGGCUAACUUUGACUAGAGCUCCAACAUCGGAUGCUGAAAUUGACGAUGAAUGAUAAAAUAUACUUAGCUCCUAUAAAGCCAGAAGAGAUAAAUCAUGUUCUUGAGUGAGUACAUUCUUUCAAUGGCUAGUCACACAAUCCCCGUUAUUCAACCUCUCUCUAUGGCCUUUUUAUACUUAAAUGCGUCAUCGAUUACUUCCAUCUGUCAAAGAAAUAAAAUACGAUUAUUUACUUCUUGAUAAUUUAGUGUUGGAACUGGACAUGGAACAUGGGCAGUUGAAUUUGGUAAAUCAUCUCGAGCUUCAUCAAUAGUAGACGAAACUAAUCCAAAUAGCUACCGAGUACCCAAAUACACAUGUUAUUGGAACUGAUCUUAGCCCUUCGACGCGCAAGAGGUGAGCUCCGUCCUUCAACACAGGUAAAAUUUGACUAAACAAAAUGAUAGUAAACCUGAAAAUUGCGAAUUUAUUGUUGCUGACGCCGAAGAAACUUGGAACUUUCCACAUAAAUUUGAUUUUAUCCACUUUCGCGAUUUGAUGAUGUGUUUUGAAAGCGAGAAAGAGGUGUUCAGAUCAGCUUUCAAUGCCCUUGAGCCUGGUGGUUAUUGUCAGAUUCUUGAUCCCAGAUUUCCACUAGAUGCCAUCGACAGCUCGGUGGAAGGCACUGCGAUUGCUGAAUGGUUUCAAGCAUGUUGUGAUUCCGGUGAAGCCACCGGAAGACCUUGGACUAAUGUCACAAAGUAUAUGGGAUGGAUGGAAGAGAUCGGAUUCGAGGAUGUGACUGAGACAGUUUUUCACAAUGCGAUAAACGAUUGGCCUAUAGGAGCAAAAGAGAAGAAAAUCGGUGCAAUGAUGCACAAAGACAUAAAGUUAUUCCUGUAUUCGACUAGGAGAGUUCUAAAGGAGGCAUUGAAAUGGGAUGAGGCGCAUGUCGACGAAUUACUCCUAAAAGCAAAAGAAUCUGUGAAGGACCGGAAUGUUCACGCCUAUCUCCCUGUGUAAGUCCCAAUCCCUUUUUUUGACUGUACUGUGCUAACCUGUAUAGUUAUGUUGUAUGGGGUAGAAAACCUCUUUCUAGCGAAUAAUGACGAGGGAUAGGAUUUCUUUUGGAGUGUGGAUAGGGAAUGUUUGAAAGCAUAUUAAGGCGAAUUUGUUUUGCAUACUUUGUUAUACUAGCACUAGGAUAUCCCCCAUUAGUCAUUUUAUAAUUGCUGGCUAGAAUUUCACAAAACA